AUGGCCAUGAAUAGGACCGUCCCACCGUCCCCAGUGAGUCCCCAACCACCAAGUCGGGCGUCUUCGGAGAGCGAGACGCAGAGUGUCACCGAUGAGCACACAAUUCCCAUGUCAACCUUCGCGAUGAGGCUGUCUAAGCUCAACAUGACUUCCACUUCGGCUGCAGCGCGCAGGAAGCAAUCCGUGAUGGAUGUGGAGCCCAAGGAGAGGCCUCCGUGGCGCGCCACCGCGAAGCCCGUCAAGGAGCCAAACACCAAUGCUCUGCUCAAGGCGAAACUGUUGGACGCUUCAAGGCGAGCGCUCAGGGCCAUGAAAUCCAAUUCGGUGGCGUGCCAGACGGAUUUCCUGCCCACGGUGCUGAUGAAAGAUGCGUGGUUCAACGUGCAGACAGAUCUCGUGCGGCAGAGAGAUGUGGGUAUUCUCACGGAUGGCACUGUAACGAUCAGGAACAUUCCGCCAGGAACGCUCUUCUUUACUCACACGAUCUCCCAAAUGACGGAGCUGCUGAACACCAGCGACGCUGAGACUCAGACAGCUCUGCCCACAAGUCGCAUCGGUUCUCUAAUGAAGUACACAACUUCUGCUGAUGCCUUUGACAGCAUUGAUAAGGCCCUGUCGGUCAAUGCGGAGAAGAUUAAGGAGCAGACGGAAGAGUUGAAGGAAUUCGACGAGGAUUUGGACUUCAUCAACCAAAGUUAUCUUCGCCGAAGACCCAGUCUUUCGCUGGAUCCUGAAGCUGCGGAGAGAUUCCGUUUGCAACUGGAGGCUGAUGAGCGACAGGAAGAAGAGGAAACUGGAGAAGGACAUCAUCCAGGAAUUAAGAUUCAAAAGUUUAAUCUCGCCAAUUGUUCCACUCAUUCGCUGUGGCAGAGUUUGGAGACUUCCGACGAGGACUCCGAUGCUGAGGCUGAAGAUCAUCAGUCGCGCGAGCAGAGGAGAAAGUCGAUAGAACGUGAAAAUAAUCUCUUUAUUAGGACACGAUUGCGCGGCAUGAAAUUGGCCCCACUUUCGCCACAUCACAGCAGGCGAGACAAGAGCCCAGGUUGGAGUGCGUCACAGCAACAGGCGAUUGAUGAUCUGAUAGCGCAGGUGUCUGACCUCUUUGACAUCUUCAAUGACAUCUCCAUCAUUCUCGGACCAGAUCUCAGAUUCAUCACCGAUCUGCCCUUGACUGUGGACAUGGAGAUUCCGCAGCUCAAAUGCAGUCUGGUGAUCAAGAAAUCGCGGGAGAAUCUCAGCGAGAAGCUGUCUAAAAUUAAGUCGCUGCCGCUGGACAGUGAUAAAAGCCUCAGUGAAGAGUUGCUGACGAAAUACUCUCAGUGAGAAGAUUCCUAUUG